AUGCUGCAGAGCCGAGUCCAGUCAGACGGCUGGACCACUGUGGAAGACUUUGACGAUGCCGUGGAAUACUUCUCCCAGCUGCGAGAAGCCGGACUGGCCAGCUUGGAGGGCGAGGAGAGGGACGAGUUUGAAGCCUCGACUCGGUUUGUAGAGGCCCGCCGGGCAGAGCGAGGAUCCAGCGUGUGUGAUAUUAGCCAGAAGCAGGGCUCGCAACUCAUCUAG